AGUGUUAUCGCGAGUUUCGGCCGUUACACAACUCCCUGGAAGUUUCGUGCUUAACUUAUUCACCUGUUACUAUUCGCGUUUCAAAAAUAAUUAUGUCUAUGAGUGAAAUAUUCUCCUCAAAUUAGUUAUAUGAACACUGUGAAGUUGGCUGAGGUGUUUUUGUGAUGUUUUUAAAUACCAAGGACUAAAAAAAGGAUCAUUUGAAGAAUGCGAAGAUCUUCGAUCCUUCGAACGCAAACCUCAGAGCCCCUGAUCGUCGUAGAAGAUGAUGAAUACGAAGAAGAGAAAAAAGAAGAUUCCAGACAAAAUUCGGAAGACGAAUAUUCUUUAAAUCCUUAUCUCUUAUCGCCGUACGCGAGAGAAAUAAGAAAACAUUCGUUACCAACACCGCAAUGUUCUGGAAUCACAGCCAGUCAAGUACGUAGAUUGUCAGAGAGGGGAGAAACCGUAGGUCCAGGACCAAAUCAAGUGGAAUUUUUAGCUACUUUAUCGACGGCACCACAACCUAGUCCUGGUGGUAGGAGACAUUCGGUUGUUACCAUUUCGAGAGUACCUACUACGUUGUUCGGAAGAAAUAGACGCGAAUCUGUAGCAGCUUUUCCGAGUCAAGCGUUUGCCGGAAGAGUUUUACCGAAUAGAAGAGAAUCUAUAGCAUGUCCGCCUUCAACAGAACCUAGAGGAAGUAUACAUAACCUCCAAUUGGAUAUAAUGGACGAUAUAGUACAAGCUCGUAAAGUAAGAAUGAAGAUGUGGGGUACUAGUAACGAAAAAGUCUGCGAAGUACAACCUCUUGACGAUUCCGGUAACGUUCAACGAUAUACUAAUUCUGGAAGGCGAUUUUCAGAUUUUGUCGGCACUACUCUCACUACUAUACCUAGUUUGAACAAGCGCAGAGCAUCUGAGCUUCCUCCGAGUCCUAUAGCUGAGACCUCUUUCAAACAAAGUAAGAAUACUGGCAUUGUAUGUUCUAAUAAUGAUUUGAUAAAUAUUUUGUCUUCUCUUUCCACUUCUGCCACUGAAAUCAACCAGGAGAAGCCGCCAGAGAGGACGAAUGUUGCUCAACAGAAGAGGAGUCAAUUGAGAUCGUCUAGAUCGAAUAGUUUCGAUAUUUCUAUACUCAACGAUGAUCCAAUAAGCAAAACAGCCCCAUCCAACUGGUUCGUGAAAAGGCACCAGCCUAUUACAAAGACUGAUGAUAAGCCUGCAAGUAUUAAAGAAAAGAAGGAGAAGAAGACUGUUAUCGAAAAAGAGCCAAACAAAUUAUUGUGGGACGAACGUAGUGGAUCUCUUGUUGACCCACAGGCACUCGGUAGCGCUAUUGAAGUAUUUUUACGAAAGGCUUCCCCUUCGGAUCCUCCAGGAAGUUCCACUAACAUGUCUCCGACUAAAACUGUCGGGGAAAAAAAUAGCGGGAUGAUGAAGACUGCAAAAAGUUGGUUUAAUAAAGGAGAUGAAGAAUCAUCGUCAACUGAAGCUUGCGAUUCUUCCAUCUGCUCAACGUUAAAAGAUUUGUUUGUUAAAUAAACUCAAAAUAGUAAGUUUUGGACCAUAUAAACAUUAGAUGAGGAAUUAAUGUCUGUCUAACAAAGUUUAAAUUAAUUAGCUACUUUUCAUAUAAAAACAAACUCCGAUUGUGGAACGAUCUGAAUUAUUACAUCGUUCAGUUUGCUUCGAUUUGUAUGUUUCGCGGCCCAAUGUUGAAGUACUCAAAAACAUUAAAUCCUUUUCAAAUUUAAAACACUUAAGAGUAGAUUGUUGUUUGAGAAAAAAAUGUUGUCACGCGACGAUCUUUACCGACUAUUUCACUUUAUAGUCGAGAAACAAACUUAAUUUUUCUACAGUCGCACUUUUAUCAAUUAAAACAGUUAUUUCUAUUAAUAUAGGUUCUUACAAAAAGUGAAACCCGUAAAUCUUCACGGGUGAUUUCCAUUUUGGAACAAACUUGAUUUAUUUAGACAUUUACUUCACUAUCAACAACUUAUCAAUUAAAUUUCUACAUUGCUACUAGCUUCGGAAUAACAAACGUCAAUGUUCAUAAAUUGGUGUCACAAAUCAUUCACGCCACCUAUUGUUCAAUUGUGCAAACUUGAAAAACAAACCUCGCAAUUGGAAUAAAUUAAGAUUAAAAAUAUUAUCUUGACAUUUUAAUUGUCAUAUUAUUUCAUUUGAAUUCAUAUACUCUUACAGGGUUUAUUAAGAACUUUAUUAUUUAGAUCAGGUAGUUGGCAUUACAGAACCAAAAUGGACGACUUCCGGUGCUACAGGAACGUAUAUAAUGCUGUCAAAAAAAAAUUUUUUUCUUCGUGAUCGCCGGGUACAUAUAAAACACUUUAUAGAUGGAAUUUAAACAAUGAAACUGCUUUACAAAUGAUUCCAAGAGACUCGAAGAAAACUCGUGACAGUGUCGCGCUUAGUGCGUGGCAGUGGGUUGAAGUAAGCAAUAAUCGUUAUUAGAGAUUAAAUAUUAACUCAAACCUACAUAAAUCAAUUAAACAGAAGGUGGAGGAGGUAUCCCUUCCAACAACAAAAUGCAACCAUCCAUAAAUGCAAUAACAGUAAAAACACAAACGAAACAUGACAGACAUGUAAACACUUGUACUCGGAGUCACGUGCCACCUACCCGUACUUUCUCCGCUACCCUUGUUUAGCGCCGUUCUCCCUUUUCCUUCCACUACACGAUGAGAUGGAGCGUUGACCUCGAUGCAGAGUAAGCGACAUACGUUAAUCAUUUAGCACGAAGGAUAACAAAAUAACAUACACGUCGUAACAAGUGACUGACGUGACAUAUAUGUCAACUGUGACAUGUUAUGUAGGUCUCUCUCUUAACCCUGUCUCCCUCCCCGCUUAUGUCACUUUUUUGUUUCAGUGAACGUACAAUAUCAACAUAGAUCAAAGGCAUUGAACAAGGUUGACAGCACUAGUCAUAAAUACUCAUGCGACGUACUCUCAAGUUGUAUACAACUCACUCAAUGCAGAAGACCAGAGAGAAAUAUGUUGUCUUUUGGCCAGUAAACUCAAAACAGCACAAUUUUUAAAAAUGUUGACAGUAACUGUCAUUUCUCGGGUCGGAAACGCCCCCGCAGUCGUCCAUCUUGGUUCUGUAAUGCCAACUACCUAAUCUUAAAGCACCCACUGAUGAUAACCGUGAUUUUCGAAGGAAAUUGCCUGAAAAUCAAGUUAUGACAACUCUAGACAAAAAUUAUAUCAUGCGAUUUUUUUCUAAUUUUGUGAUUUUCUGAAAUAGCAUAAAAUUCUGAACAAACCCUAAAGCUUUCGCGAUGAUACGAUUUUUUCCACGUUGGCAUGGUUUUUUAGCUAAAAUUCUUGGAUUCAUUUGAUUUGAUUUGAUUUCUUGCUUUAGAGAGUAAAUCAAAAAUCCUCGACACUUGUUAUUGUUACAAUUAGUAGUCAUUUUACAGGCGUCUAUAGGAAAAAUUCAAUAUUAUAUAUUGUUAUUCUAUAUAUUCAUUACAAUUAGGAUUUAAUUUCUAUUGUACCACAUUGAACCGGUUUAGUCCGCUAUUUGAACAUCAUACAAACACAAACGAAACAAAAUAUUUCAGAAUUUAGUUGACGUAUACCCAUUUCCUAAUUUAGUUACGUCACUUACUUAGUAUUCAGUGUUGCAUACGGUGUAGGUAUCGAAAGCCAUGCUUUUAAAUGAUUCAUCAAAAUAAUAAAUGUUUUAUAAUAGGCAUGUCUCAUCUAAUGUAACAUGAUAUAACUAAAUAAUGAUUUAUCCUUCAAGGUUAGUAAAAAAGUAUAAUUUUCAACUCUGAUAUAGUUUUGUAUUAACCAGUAGCAAAUUCGACAGAAAUUUUUGCUUAUUUCUUAGACAUACAAGGUGUGGCUAUUAAAUAACGAGACUGCUGAUAUAAAAUAAUCAAUUUUGAUAUUAUUUAUAAUUAUUUAUAUCUAUCCCUACAUAGCCCCAUUGUUCGAAACAGAGCAGAAAAUCUUUUUCAGUCAGUUCCUCUAGGACACGCGCUGCUUCUUCUUUCACGGCUUCAUUAGACUUGAACUAGCUCCCUAAAAUGAAGAUUUGACCUUGGGAAAUAGGUAGAAGCUGCUCGGUACAAGAUCUGGGGAAUAAGGUGGGUGGUCUAGCUCUGAGAUGUUUUACUUGGCUAGAAAGCUCUUGACAGACAGACUUUUUCGAUAUUUUCCUCCGUUUUUGACGUGGAAAGGUGACCCGAAUCAUAUUCAACAUCUUCUCGGCCAUCUUAAAACCGCUCAAACCACUCAAAAAUUUCAUUCAAUAAUUUUUUCAAUAAAUUUCAGUUCUCAGUUCCAAACCUUAUGCGUAAGCGUACUUUUUUUGUAGCAGCGCUAGAUUAGUUACUCAAUAGCCACACCUCGUAUAAUUAUUAUGUAAAGUAGGUAACUAAAUUUUUGCAGUCGGAUUUGAAAUAAAAUUUUGUAUGAGGAUCGUUCUAUUUUCAAAUUUGGAAAUAGUUUCGAAAAGGUGUACCCUCCCCCCAUGUUUCUGAAAUUUUUGCCAAUGCUUGUGUUCGAUUCCUACCGAAAUAUUUAAGGUCACAACAUCCAAAAAAAUAAAUUUACGUGACAAAUGUAUACGACCUUUCUUGUAGAGCUUUUCAAGAACUUUAUUUUUGUUACAAAUCUUUUUUCUCUAAAGUCAAUAUUUUAAAAGAUAUGUAAAAAUUUUGCUAUAGACUGCAUCCUUUUAGAAAUUAUCGUCUCUAAUCAAUAACAAGCUUUCUCAAAAAUUCCAGCAAACUCCAAAGAAUCAUGUUUUCGGAACUAUACCCAAAAAUAUCAUUCAAAUAUAUUAACUAUAAAAUUAUCUGAGAAUACGGUGUAUUAGUACAAAGAUCGUUAAUUUAUAUAUUAUUAUCAAUAAAAUUUGGACACAGUCCACACAUUCUGGUGUAGAAAUACCACAAAAAGUAGGAAAACAAAUUUUUAAUAUUUUUUAGACUUGUAGUGACAUCUCUACUAGUCUUUGGAAUCAAUUCUUAAAACGCUGAAAGAUUGUUCUCCUUUUUUAUUUGCAGUGCCAUCUACAGCGAAUUUUGGAAAUUGACAGAAAAUAAAUUCGCUUUAAAACUUUAAAAUAACAGCACAAUGUUUGAAAAUUUAUUUAUGAAACCGUCUGCACUAUCUUUAAAACUAUUUGUGAUCCAGCUCUUGCUAUUAUAUAUGAAAACAUGAAUAAAUAGUUGAAAAUGGACACUUUUUGACUGGUAGUGUCAUCUUCAAUCGAUUUUAGAAAGUAUUCCAAUUAUUUCAAAUUUAAAUUCUUCAUCAUAUUUAUACAACAAAAGAGAUGUGCAUAUACUUAUAUUUUCAUAGUAAACUGAACGCUUUGAUGAUGCUAUGUUAUUGAAUUCUUUCAUUCUUGUUGAUUACGGGUUUAAUUGUUAAAACACCGUAUUCUAUUGACUAGUAAUCGUAAAUAGUCGUUGUAGUUGAGAAGAAAAUGUUAACAAUAUAAAUGUGUCUUACCUCUAAUUUGGAGUACAAUCAGUAUUUUAAUAGGUGUUACUUUUUAGGAAAUAGUAGAAAAAGUUUUAUGGGAAAAAGAAUACAUUUUGUCAUAUAUGAUGGAUUUGUAGCAGUAAAAUAUAUUGCGGUGUUGCCAGAUGAGUACAGUUGAGCUGUAUAAAUGUAAAUUAGUUUUAUUACUUUAGAUGUUCUGAAGAAUUUGAUUAAUAUCAUACUAAAACUUAUAAGAAAAAAGUUGAAGAUUAAAAAUUAAUGAAAAGUGAAAUCUCGAUACUGAUAUAGGUAGAAAUUGAUCAAAAUAAUUUUAACGUCAAUGAGAAUACUUGUUAUAAAAAACAAAUAACAUUUAAUAUCAAAUUAACACCUCAGAUAACAUAUUUUUAGAUGGCUCACGACAAUAUUAUUUAUUCUGGCCAAAUUUACGCCAUCUAGGGGUUUGAAGGGGCAACGGUAAUUAAUACCAUAUUCAUAUUUUCUUUUUUGCUCAAAAAAUGUGGAAAACUCGAAUAUCUUCUGGUAAAUUGUCUCCAAAAGCAAAAGAACUUUGAAAAUGAUAAAUAUUACUUAAAAAAUUUGUAUUAUUAUAAUAAUAAAUAUUUUUAACAUUGAUAUGAUAAAUUAAUUUUAAAAAUUUCUUGAAUAGAACAUGUUACUAAUACGGCGAAAAUAAAACUAAAGUACAUAAAUAGUGACCUCUAUUUAUCAUCUAUCUUGGAAAUCAAAUCUUUGUACGGAUGUCUAUGACAGGCCCAUCUAGGGUGAUAAACUGAAAAUAAAAAAUUAACCUAACACGUUAAGUCGUAAAUCUUCUUUAAAAUAGGUGAUGGCCAUUCAUAACAAUGAACAAAUCAUAUGAUUACGGCAGUUCAAAUUUGUCUUUGAAAUAAUGUUAAUUAUCAAUAUACAGGGUAACUACUUUAAUUUUAUAAUGAGGAACUAGAGUAAAUUGUACUUAUAGUAUUAAACGAAAAAUGAUUUUUUUAAAAUAGCUUGUUUUAAUAAUCAACGUUUAAUUUUAUGAUAAUAGUUUUAUCAACUUGACAGAUAUAAAAACAGGUUAGUUUCUUUUUCUGUUUUAUCGGCAACUAUUAAAUAUAUAUUGUUGAUACAUGUUACAAAUACAUUUUGUAAAAUAUCCACGAUGAAACAUUAAAGCAUUAAUAUUAAUAAAUAAAUAAAAUAAAAUGAUAAUAAUACUGAUACAUACUAUUUACUUCGACCUCCACAACUACACUGACAAACGCACUUUUCAAUAACUUUGUGAUCCAAACAGUGUAGAGUGUAGCCACAGUGUCGAUGUAACAUAGGUUUCAUCAGUGUAUCAACACAUCAAUAGAAAAUACAAAUGAACUAUUUGUGUUCGUUCUUAAAAAAAAAUAAUUUUAGCGUUAUGUUACAAGAAAUAUAAUAUGGUAUAUGGUAAAUAUAAUAUAAUAAUAAUUUUCAAUUACUAUCAAUUUGACUAUUGCUGCUGUAAAAAUUCACUCACUGUAAGAUUUUGUGAUCACACCUUGUGUAAGUGACAUGUGAUGUAAUGUUAUUAGUUAUUUUAUUUAAUAUUAUUUCUCAAUAGGUUUUCUAUCUCGAUUACACUGUAAUUGUAAGUAUAUUUCUAUAUGAGUUGCUAGUUUUCUGUUUUGGGAACGUUAUAAAACAGGCCUUUGAUAUUCUGUAUCUGUAGAUACUUUGUAUAUACUAUCAUUUCGUCUUCUAUUAUUAUUAAAACAUUGAAAGGAUUAUUGGACAAAAA